UUAAUUAUUGAGCUUCUUUAUUAUGAUUAAUGUCAAAGAAGUGAGAAUUUAUUGCUAGUGAAUAGUGUAAUAAAAGUUUUUAUUACUUAAAUUUGAGAACAUCGUAGGAUAUUUCUGAACGUACUACUGACACAUCACAGGUCGGUUUUCAUUGGUCGACGAAUAGCGUGACGACACUCGAGGACAAAAGUUCAGAAAUUUUAAACAAGAAACGAGAUAAACGAACAUUAACCGUUGGAAAUUCUUGUUGAUAAGUUUGUUGAAUAGAGUCCGAUUAUUUGAAGAUUAUCAACGGUUCAUUGUUAGUAAAAAACAAAGAAAACGGUUGAAAAUUAUAUUUUCAUAAAUCAAGAAGCUAGUUAAUAUAUUUGGAGUGUGUAAAACAGCGUUUAACUGUCUUUGUAUAGUGUGACUCAUUGGAACAAUAUUUUAAAAUGACUUCUACAAAUAUUAACAUUGGCUUUUCUGAAACCAGAAAUUCUAGUAGAGUUCUAAAACCACCAGGCGGUGGCCAUACAGACAUUUUUGGUAUUAGAGAAGGCAAUGAAACGCAGACCCCAAACAAAAGGAAGAAUCACCCCCCUACAACGAUUGAUAGUUGUUUUGUGCACAAUGAGCCUAUCAAACAAAAUAAUACCAAAAAUGAUGUGAAUGAAAAAGAAAUAACAAAUGGAAACCAAAAUGGAGUUAAGACUGAUGUUGUAGAUGAAAAUACCAAGCCAAAAGAAAUUAAAGACAUAGAAGUGAAGGAAAAUGAUGAACAGAAGGAGGCUGCUGCACCCCCACGCCGUGUUCGUGUACCUCCUGGUGGGUUCUCCUCAGGUUUGUGGUAAUCCAAUGGCUUUUAAGUAAUAAUUGAAAAAUUUCAGUAUAUUCCACUUUAUUUAAUAAGAUGUAGUGUUUACACUUUAAGAAAGCAUUAUUUGCAAUGUUUGUUUAAGACUUAUAUAUUCCCUUUAAGUGCCAUUUUGGUAGUGUUGUAUCUGUCUGGUAUUUUGUAAUAAAAUUAUUUUAAAUAUUUGUAA